CUGCUGGCUCGUGGAGGAUCCCACCAGAUAAACCUGGUACCAGUACCGAGUCCGGGGGGCUUUCUGGACCUGUGAGACCAUCGGAACCACCGGGACCACCGGAGCUGAAAAAUGGCGAGGAAAAGCGAAGUACCGGCUGUUUAUUACGGAGAACCACGCAAGUUUGACCCAACGUUCAGAGGACCUGUUCAUAAUAGAAGCUGCACGGACGUGCUGUGCUGCGUGCUCUUCAUCAUUGUCAUCCUCGGCUACGUAGCGCUGGGCACUGUGGCCUGGAUUCACGGAGACCCGAGGAAAGUGAUCCACCCCACCGACAGCUCCGGACAGUUCUGCGGACAGAAAGGAACGCCCAAUGCGAAGAAAAGCAUUCUGUUCUACUUCAACAUACUGAAAUGUGCCAGCCCUGCAGUUCUCAUAAACCUCCAGUGUCCCACAACUCAGAUGUGCGUUUCUAAGUGUCCUGAUCGUUUCGCCACCUACACGGACAUGCAGCUCCAGUACAGGUUCAACAGGAGCCACUGGGAUUAUUACAGACAGUUCUGCAGACCAGGAUUCAACAACCCCAAGAAGCCUGUAUCUCAGGUUCUGCGGGACGAGGACUGUCCAUCAGUGAUCGUGCCCAGCAGACCAUUUUUGCAGCGCUGCUUUCCGGACUUCAUCACUAGAAACGGGACGCUAACUGUGGCCAAUAAAACCGCCUUUAAAGACGCUCUGGAUACGGCGAGGAGCGUGACCGAGCUCAGAGACGCCGCCAAUGGUAUAACAGGUAUACUGGAUGCCAAACAGCUGGGAAUGAAAAUCGUGGAGGACUACGCUAACUCCUGGUACUGGAUCGUGAUAGGGUUGAUUAUAGCGCUGGUGGUGAGUCUGAUCUUCAUCCUGCUGUUGCGUUUCACCGCCGGCUUCCUCCUCUGGUUCAUCAUCUUCGCCGUCAUCGUACUCGUGGCCUACGGAAUCUGGCACUGUUACUCAGAGUUCACUCUGCUGAGGAAGACUCCCGGCGCAGACGUGACGAUCUCAGAUAUCGGCUUCCAGACGGACGUGCAGGUUUACCUGCAGCUCAGCCAGACCUGGCUGCUCUUCUUGGUCAGUCUGGGUCUGACUGAAGCCUCUAUAGUUCUGAUGUUGAUCUUCCUGAGGAACAGAGUUCGCAUCGCCAUCGCCCUGCUGAAAGAGGGCAGCAAGGCCAUCAGCUACAUCAUGUCCGCCCUGUUCUACCCCCUCAUCACCUUCGUUCUGCUGCUCAUCUGUAUCUCCUAUUGGGCCGUCACCGCCGUAUUUCUGGCGUCUUCUGGUGAAGCCGUCUACAAAGUGAUGUCGGCGCAGCCCAACUGCAAACACACCAACCUCACCUGCAGCCCAGAGACCUUCAACGUGACGAAUAUAACGAAGCAGUGUCCCGGAGCUCAGUGUCUGUUUGCGUUUUACGGCGGUGAGAGCGUGUAUCACCGCUACAUCUUCAUCCUGCAGCUCAGUAACCUGCUGAUCUUCCUCUGGCUGGUGAACUUCACCAUCGCUCUGGAGCAGUGCACCAUCGCCGGGGCCUUCGCCUCUUAUUACUGGGCCAAAAGGAAACCGGGGGACAUCCCGCCCUGUCCCGUAUUCUCGUCUUUCGCUCGGGCGUUACGGUAUCACACAGGGUCUCUCGCCUUUGGCUCUCUGAUCUUAGCUUUUGUGCAGCUCAUCCGGAUUGUCCUUGAAUACCUGGACCAUAAACUUAAAGGUGCUCACAACGCUGUAGCUCGAUUCCUGCUCUGCUGUCUGAAAUGCUGCUUCUGGUGUUUGGAGCGUUUCAUUCGCUUCAUGAACAGAAACGCCUACAUCAUGAUUGCGAUAUAUGGGAAAAAUUUCUGCACGUCGGCGCGGGAGGCGUUCUUUUUAUUAAUGAGGAACGUGGUGAGGGUGGCGGUGUUGGAUAAAGUUACAGACUUCCUGCUCUUCUUAGGGAAACUCUUAGUAGCAGGAAGUGUGGGUGUUGUUGCCUUCUUUCUCUUCACACACAAGAUCCCCAUCAUUCAGGAAGAAGUUCCAGUGCUGAAUAACUACUGGGUGCCUCUGCUGACGGUCAUAUUCGGGUCCUAUUUAAUUGCACACGGAUUCUUCAGCGUCUAUGCAAUGUGUGUGGACACCCUGUUCCUGUGCUUCUGCGAAGACCUGGAGCGAAACGACGGCACUCCGGCCAGACCGUUCCUCAUGUCCCCGGGUCUGCACGGCAUUCUGGGAGUCGAGCAGAGCCCCAGAAGGGGCAGAGUGUAGUCGUCGGACUUCAGUUUAACACUUUUAAUAACUCUAUAGAACUCUAAGAACUCAACCUGAGGGAAUAGCUUUACUCAUCCCUGAUACUGAGCAUGCUUUAACCUUCAUCUCGCGGCUCUUCGUACGUACGAACGUUAAACACGUAAAACACGUACGAACUUCUGCCGCCCGACUCGUCGUACUGUAACGUGACUCUUAAUGCACUAAAACUCAAACUGUGAUUCUGCUUCCAGGAGACAGAAGACUGAAGGUGCUAUGCACUGUAGUAACACCUCCCCUUAACCCACUUCCUGCCCCCGCCCAGUACUUCCUGCACUCUAGCGCCCCCUACAGGCCAAAGCCGAGGCAGGACUUUGCGCCACUUUUCUAUGGUUCAGCCUCUCUCAGCCUCUCUCUCUCUUUUUUGCUGCUGACUGCUGCCUUAUACAAACACACGUGGAGCAGCGAAGUCACCGCUGGACAGUCUGAGGGAAUUGGGACGACGUGAUUGGACAGAAAUUCCAGUGGAAUUUGUUGUUUUGAGUUUUUUUCAGUUUUGUUGGGUAAACAGUACUCAUGUUUUAUACUGUAAUACUGUAAUAUGUAUCAGUGUCAGUAGCUGUGUGUUCACACUGACAUGCCAUUUCCUACAGGACAGGUCACAGGACAGGAAAUUAUAUUGGGUCCCAUGACUUUUGCCAUGUCCUACAGAAGGUAAAGAUCACAUCAAUGGACGGACAGACAGACAGAUAGAUAGAGAUGGACUUAAAUGGAUGGACAGAUAGAUAGACAGGCAAAGACAUAGAUAGUAAGACAGAAAGAUAGACAGACAGACAAAGACAUAGAUAGACAGACAGAUAGACAGAUGGAGACAAAGAUAGACAGGCAUAGACAGAAAGAGACAUACAUAGACAGAUAGACAGAGACAGACAGAGAGAGACAUAAACACAGGCAGACGGAGACAUAGAUAGACAGACAGAGACAUAGAUAGACAGACGGACAGACAGACAUAGAUAGACAGAGAGAGACAUCGAUAGAACGACCGACAGACAGACAGACAGAGACAUAGACAUGCAGACACAGACAGACAAACAUAGACAUGUGGACACAUUUAGAUAGAUAGAGAGACAGACAGACAUCAGCGACACAGACAGAAAGACAGAUAGAUAGACAGACAGAUGGAGACAUAGACAGACAAAGAUAGACAGAAACACAGAAAGACAGAGAUUGGCAGAUAGAUAGAUAGAUAGAUAGAUAGAUAGAUAGACAGACAGACAUGUGGACACAGACAUAGACAGACAGACAGAAAGAUAAACAGAGACAGACAGAUUUAAGCACAGAUUAGCUCACAUUGUGUGAUUUUGAAUGGCAGUGUUGAACGUUAGUUGAGGCAUCAACAGUGGACCAUUUAAACGGCUGUCCCAUGACUUUUGGCAUGUUAGUGUCAGUGUGCAGCUUAUCAUAAUUAUUAUUGAGGAUAUUGAGAUACUGGAAUUAAAGUACAACCUGUAACAAGUAAAACCACUGAUUUCACACAGUGGAUUAUGAGCUAAUUCUCAUUAAUUGGCUUUCCUUACAAAAAAUGUACAAAAAACAUAAUAUAAAGUAAUAUUGAGGUCAUAUCCUUAUAUAGUAUGACCAAAAAAAAAGACAAAUAUGGACAAAUAUUCAGCAGAACGUUUACAGUUACUUUUUUAAUUAUUACUGAAAAAAUUACAUUUUGGUUUAAUUUAGCUUAAUUUGUAGAACAGCAGAUCAGUACAGAUAGAAAUGCAUUAAUUGUGCAAAAGUCUUCCAAGCGAGACCAAAGGGACUUUUAAUAAUUAGAGGAAAUAGAAUUGCUGGAAUUGUUGUUUAAACAGUUUAAAAGGCAGAAAAGAUCUAAAAAAAUGUGUCAGAUAAUCUAUACACCUGUUUUUAUAUUGUUUUUACAACUAGUGAUCUUACAGUUCUGGCCUUACCUUGAACGAAGGUACUAUGCUGCGUUCCAUUUACUCACAAGCUGAAUGAUAGAUCUGGGUAUUACAUCAUACCUGAGGAAAAACAGCAUUUAAAUCAAGAUUUUGGAUCAUCUUUUCUGGAAAAAAAGGAAGAGAGCACUUCAGUUUCUGAAUCAGUUUCUCUGAUUGUGCUAUUUAUAGGUUUAUGUUUGAGUAAAAUGAACAUUAUUGUUUUAUUCUAUAAACUACAGACAACAUUUCUCCCAAAUUCCAAAUAAAAAUAUCGUCAUUUAGAGCAUUUAUUUACAGAAAAUUGAAGAGAAAUGGCUGAAAUAACAAAAAAGAUGCAGAGCUUUCAGACCUCAAAU